AUGACACUAGAUCAGGCUACCAGAGACAAAAGCGAAUACCAAAAGAAAGUUGAGGUCUUGGUACCCUCCUCUCUUCUUCAGCUGCCAGAUCAAAAGUACCCCCCGCUCUUCUUCAGCUGCCAGAUCCACAAAGGUUUCUGUCUUAGUACCCUCCGCUCUUCUUCAGCGGAGAGAUCCUGGAGUUUCAGUCUUAGUACCCUCCGCUCUUCUUCAGCUGCCAGAUCACAAGGCUUCAGUCUUAGUACCCUCCGCUCUUCUUCAGCUGCCAGAUCACAAGGUUUCGGUCUUAGUACCCCCUGCUCUUCUUCAGCUGCCAGAUCACAAGGUUUCAAUCUUAGUACCCUCCGCUCUUCUUCAGCUGCCAGAUCACAAGGUUUCAGUCUUAGUACCCUCCGCUCUUCUUCAGCGGCCAGAUCACAAGGUUUCAGUCUUAGUAUCCCCCGCUCUUAUUCAGCUGCCAGAUCACAAGGUUUCGGUCUUAGUACCCUCCGCUCUUCUUCAGCUGCCAGAUCAAGGUUUCAGUCUUCUGCUGCCCCCGUUUCUCUUCUUCACUCUUCUUCCAGAUCAAGCUGCCAGAUCCAAGGUUUCGGUCUUAGUACCCUCCGCUCUUCUUCAGCUGCCAGAUCACAAGGUUUCAGUCUUAGUACCCCCCCCGCUCUUCUUCAGCUGCCAGAUCACAAGGUUUCAGUCUUAGUACCCCCACUCUUCUUCAGCUGCCAGAUCACAAGGUUUUGUCUUAGUACCCCCGCUCUUCUUCAGCUGCCAGAUCACAAGGUUUCAGUCUUAGUACCCCCUCUCUUCUUCAGCUGCCAGAUCCACAAGUACCCUCCGCUCUUCUUCAGCUGCCAGAUCAAAGGUUUCAGUCUUAGUACCCCCGCUCUUCUUCAGCUGCCAGAUCCACAAGGUUUCAGUCUUAGUACCCCCGCUCUUCUUCAGCUGCCAGAUCCACAAGGUUUCGGUCUUAGUACCCCCCGCUCUUCUUCAGCUGCCAGAUCACAAGGUUUCAGUCUUAGUACCCUCCGCUCUUCUUCAGCUGCCAGAUCACAAGGUUUCAGUCUUAGUACCCCCCGCUCUUCUUCAGCUGCCAGAUCACAAGGUUUCAGUCUUAGUAUCCCCCCGCUCUUCUUCAGCUGCCAGAUCCAAGGUUUCAGUCUUAGUACCCCCCCCCGCUCUUCUUCAGCUGCCAGAUCACAAGCUGCCAGAUCACAAGGUUUCAGUCUUAGUACCCCCCCUCUUCUUCAGCUGCAAGAUCCACAAGGUUUCAGUCUUAGUACCCCCGCUCUUCUUCAGCUGCCAGAUCACAAAGGUUUCGGUCUUGCCCCCCGCUCUUCUUCAGCUGCCAGAUCACAAGGUUUCAGUCUUAGUACCCCCGCUCUUCGCUGCCAGAUCACAAGGUUUUGGUCUUGGUACCCCCGCUCUUCUUCAGCUGCCAGAUCACAAGGUUUCAGUCUUAGUACCUCCACUCUUCUUCAGCUGCCAGAUCAGUUUCAGUACCCCCGCUCUUCUUCAGCUGCCAGAUCACAAGGUUUCAGUCUUAGUACCCCCCGCUCUUCUUCAGCUGCCAGAUCACAAGGUUUCGGUCUUAGUACCCCCCGCUCUUCUUCAGCUGCCAGAUCACAAGCUGCCAGAUCACAAGGUUUCAGUCUUAGUACCCCCGCUCUUCUUCAGCUGCCAGAUCACAAGGUUUCAGUCUUAGUACCCCCCGCUCUUCUUCAGCUGCCAGAUCACAAGGUUUCAGUCUUAGUACCCCCCGCUCUUCUUCAGCUGCCAGAUCACAAGGUUUCAGUCUUAGUACCCCCCGCUCUUCUUCAGCUGCCAGAUCACAAGGUUUCAGUCUUAGUACCCCCCGCUCUUCUUCAGCUGCCAGAUCCACAAGGUUUCAGUCUUAGUACCCCCCGCUCUUCUUCAGCUGCCAGAUCCUGGGGUUUCAGUCUUAGUACCCCCGCUCUUCUUCAGCUGCCAGAUCCACAAGGUUUCAGUCUUAGUACCCCCGCUCUUCUUCAGCUGCCAGAUCACAAGGUUUCAGUCUUAGUACCCCCCGCUCUUCUUCAGCUGCCAGAUCACAAGGGUUUCGGUCUUAGUACCCCCGCUCUUCUUCAGCUGCCAGAUCACAAGACUCUUCUUCAGCCCAAGGGUUUCAGUCUUAGUACCCCCUCUCUUCUUCGGCUGUUUCGGUCAGAUCCAAGGGUUUCAGUCUUAGUACCCCCCUCUUCUUCAGCUGCCAGAUCACAAGGUUUCAGUCUUAGUACCCCCCGCUCUUCUUCAGCUGCCAGAUCACAAGGUUUCAGUCUUAGUACCCCCCGCUCUUCUUCAGCUGCCAGAUCACAAGGUUUCAGUCUUGCUGCCAGAUCACAAGGUUUUCUUAGUAUCCCCCUCUUCUUCUUCUUCAGCUGCCAGAUCACAAGGUUUCACCCCCGCUCUUCUUCAGCUGCCAGAUCCACAAGGGUUUCAGUCUUAGUACCCUCCGCUCUUCUUCAGCUGCCAGAUCAAGGUUUCAGUCUUAGUACCCCCGCUCUUCUUCAGCUGCCAGAUCGAGGUUUCAGUCUUAGUACCCUCCGCUCUUCUUCAGCUGCCAGAUCACAAGGUUUCAGUCUUAGUACCCCCGCUCUUCUUCAGCUGCCAGAUCACAAGGUUUCAGUCUUAGUACCCCCCCGCUCUUCUUCAGCUGCCAGAUCACAAGGUUUCAGUCUUAGUACCCCCCGCUCUUCUUCAGCUGCCAGAUCACAAGGUUUCAAUCUUAGUACCCCCCGCUCUUCUUCAGCUGCCAGAUCACAAGGUUUCGGUCUUAGUACCCCCCGCUCUUCUUCAGCUGCCAGAUCACAAGGUUUCGGUCUUAGUACCCUCCGCUCUUCUUCAGCUGCCAGAUCACAAGGUUUCAGUCUUAGUACCCUCCGCUCUUCUUCAGCUGCCAGAUCACAAGGUUUCAAUCUUAGUAGCCCCCGCUCUUCUUCAGCUGCCAGAUCACAAGGUUUCAGUCUUAGUAUCCCCCGCUCUUCUUCAGCUGCCAGAUCACAAGGUUUCAAUCUUAUAUCCCCCGCUCUUCUUCAGCUGCCAGAUCCAGCUGCCAGAUCACAAGGUUUCGGUCUUAGUACCCCCGCUCUUCUUCAGCUGCCCUGCCAGAUCAGUACCCCCGCUCUUCUUCAGCUGCCAGAUCCACAAAGUUUCAGUCUUAGUAUCCCCCGCUCUUCUUCAGCUGCCAGAUCACAAGGUUUCAGUCUUAGUACCCUCCGCUCUUCUUCAGCUGCCAGAUCACAAGGUUUCAGUCUUAGUACCCUCCGCUCUUCUUCAGCUGCCAGAUCACAAGGUUUCAGUCUUAGUACCCUCCGCUCUUCUUCAGCUGCCAGAUCCAAGGUUUCGGUCUUAGUACCCUCCGCUCUUCUUCAGCUGCCAGAUCACAAGGUUUCAGUCUUAGUACCCCCCUUCUUCAGCUGCCAGAUCAAGUUUUCAAUCUUAGAACCCUCCGCUCUUCUUCAGCUGCCAGAUCACAAGGUUUCAGUCUUAGUACCCUCCGCUCUUCUUCAGCUGCCAGAUCAAAGGUUUCGUACCCUCCGCUCUUCUUCAGCUGCUGCCAGAUCACAAGGUUUCGGUCUUAGUACCCCCGCUCUUCUUCUUCUGCCAGAUGUUUCGUACCCCCGCUCUUCUUCAGCUGCCAAUCAAGGUUUCGGUCUUAGUACCCUCCGCUCUUCUUCAGCUGCCAGAUCACAAGGUUUCGGUCUUAGUACCCUCCGCUCUUCUUCUUCACAAGGUUUCAGUCUUACUACCCCCGCUCUUCUUCAGCUGCCAGAUCCACAAGCUGCCAGAUCACAAGGUUUCAGUCUUAGUACCCUCCGCUCUUCUUCAGCUGCCAGAUCACAAGGUUUCUGUCUUAGUACCCUCCGCUCUUCUUCAGCUGCCAGAUCACAAGGUUUCAAUCUUAGUACCCUCCGCUCUUCUUCAGCUGCCAGAUCAAAAGGUUUCAAUCUUAGUACCCUCCGCUCUUCUUCAGCUGCCAGAUCAAAAGUUUUCAAUCUUAGUACCCUCCGCUCUUCUUCAGCUGCCAGAUCAAAAGGUUUCGGUCUUAGUACCCUCCGCUCUUCUUCAGCUGCCAGAUCACUAGAUUUCAGCCUUAGUACCCUCCGCUCUUCUUCAGCUGCCAGAUCACUAGAUUUCAGCCUUAGUACCCUCCGCUCUUCUUCAGCUGCCAGAUCACAGUACCCCCGCUCUUCUUCAGCUGCCAGAUCACAAGGUUUCAGUCUUAGUACCCUCCGCUCUUCUUCAGCUGCCAGAUCACAAGGUUUCAGUCUUAGUACCCCCCGCUCUUCUUCAGCUGCCAGAUCACAAGGUAUCAGUCUUAGUACCCCCCGCACUUCUUCAGCUGCCAGAUCACAAGGCUUCGGUCUUAGUACCCCCCGAUCUUCUUCAGCUGCCAGAUCACAAGGUUUCAGUCUUAGUACCCUCCGCUCUUCUUCAGCUGCCAGAUCACAAGGUAUCAGUCUUAGUACCCUCCGCUCUUCUGCAGCUGCCAGAUCACAAGGUUUCGGUCUUAGUACCCUCCGCUCUUCUUCAGCUGCCAGAUCACAAGUAUCUCUUCCCAAAGUACCCCAAACAGUAUUUCUUUCCAAAGUACCCCAAACAGUAUCUCUUUCCAAAGUACCCCAAACAGUAUUUAUUUCCAAAGUACCCCAAACAGUAUUUCUUUCCAAAGUACCCCAAACAGUAUUUCUUCCCAAAGUACCCCAAACAGUAUUUCUUUCCAAAGUACCCCAAACAGUAUCUCUUUCCAAAAUACCCCAAACAGUAUUUCUUUCCAAAGUACCCCAAACAGUAUUUCUUUCCAAAGUACCCCAAACAGUAUCUCUUUCCAAAGUACCCCUUGCUGUGAAAGUUUUGUGCCUGUUAGGGAACUACCUACCUUUGUCAACAAGUUUUCUCUGUAAUAAGCAUCAAUAA